AAACCCAUUUUAUGUUUUAUUUUCUUUCGGGUCCCGAACCACAAAACCCUGUAAACUCAAAAACAGCGAGGCGCUAAACCUCAAAAAACCCUAGCGGGAAUGGAGGACAUUCCGAUGGAAGAGGGAGAAACCAACAAAGAUAUCGAGGUAGCUCCGGCACUUAUCGCCGUUCACCCGGCCCAGGAAUCCGUCGCUGUCGCCGUCGGGUCGGAACUCCGCGUCUUCGACAUUCAUGGAGGUAGUGCAGUUUCUUUAGUGGACGAUUCAUGUGGGCCAUCUCAUAAGGAUUCAAUAAGAGCUAUUCGUUAUGGUGCAAAGGGGAAGCUCUUUGUAUCUGCAGGUGAUGAUAAACUUGUCAAGAUAUGGUCCACGGAGUCUUGGCGCUGCAUUUGUACUGUGUCCUCCGAGAAAAGAGUAAGCGCAGUUGCACUGAGCAAUGACGGGCUGUAUGUCUGUUUUGCUGACAAAUUUGGGGUUGUUUGGGUCGUGGACCUGGAUGACUUUGAUGGAAAUCAAGCUUUAGUCAGUAAGAAGGCAGCACCAAUGCUUUCUCACUACUGUAGCAUCAUCACUAGCCUGGAAUUUUCACCAGAUGGGAGGUUUGUCGUUAGUGCUGAUCGGGAUUUCAAAAUUCGUGUUACUGUGUUUCCUAAGAAGCCUUUGGAUGGACUUCAUGAGAUACAAAGUUUUUGCCUUGGUCAUACCGAAUUUGUGUCCUGCCUUGCUUUUGUUUAUACCUCAGAGUACCCCCAGGGGUUUCUCGUCUCUGGAAGUGGUGAUUCAACAGUUCGAUUAUGGGAUAUUUCCUCUGGAUCUCUCCUUGAUACUUGUAAAGUUGAAUCAAAGGCAGGGCUUUUAGAGUCUAACGGGAGAGGAGAGGAGUGUAAUUCUCCUGUUACCAAUCUGUGUACCAUCCCAGAUGGUACACUAAUUGCAGUGGCCAUUCAAAGCUUGCAAGGAAUAGUGUUGUUGAGCUGUGACCUUUCUGCUCGAACUCUUUCGAUUGCAAAGGUGGUCUCAAUCAAGGGAGAGGCCUUCAUUCCUACAAGCCUAAGCACUAGCUCUUCAGGAUUAUUGUGGAUGGUGGCUGGUGUCUCUAACUUGCGUGGUUGUGAUCACCCUUCUUUGGCCCGUGUGAGGGUUAUCUCAGGGUUUAGGGAAAGCAGUGCCUGUUCUCCAGAGCAUGAACAGACUGUCUUGGGUGAUAAUGAGAUUCCCGGCGGCGACAAACUGCUCGAGAAGUUGCAGGGAAGUUUGUCAGUUGACGAAAAGGUAUUCCUGGCUGCUGCUGAAGCAGUGAAAACAGCAAUGAGCAAUUUGUUAGUUAAAAAACAAUACUCUGCAGAGAAACGAGAUCUUCGAAAGAGAACCAGAAAUGAUAGAAAAAUCAAACAGUGAUGAGUUUCUUGCAGCUCUUCUAAAACUGAUUUUUUUUUUGUGUUUUUCUUAGAGCAACCGAAAUACUAAUUAUUUGUAGUGAUCUUAGGUUCUUGUAAUACUAAUUAUUUGUGCUUGUAUCAACAUAAAAAGGCAGGGGAUAUAUAGUUGUGAUAUUUAUUUA